GACUAAGGCUACAGGAGAAAUCAAUUUUUAAAAAAAAGCCUUUUGCAACGUGGAAACAAGCGAAAGCAUCCAAUUCUUUGUCAUUCCUAUAGCCGUAGUUUGCUUUAGCCGGUCUUCGUCUAUUUUAAUUUGAUUGCUUUUGAAAAUCAGAGUUUAAUAGGUUGCAUGUCAUAAAUUUGUCCUUUACCUUGUCUCGAUGGGAGCGUCAUGAUCGACUCACAAGAAAUUUCUCCCUUAAACUGGCCCAGCCCCGUGACUAGGGGGGACUCGCACGUCGCAAAACAAACACGCCUGACUUCUUUCCUAUGCUGUUAUUUAGAGUGAUGCCAAAACAUGUGGGUCAGUCUGGACUGAACCGAACUGUCUCCUGCAGCUCUCUCAAUGUCAGCGGAUAUGUGACAAAGUGUCUUUUAUUUCCUUAAGUGGAUAUAACACUGAAUUUAGCAGAAAAGAUAACAUUCUGCUCCUCGGGAAAUGUCUUCGGAAUUUUCGGAUACUAUUUUCUGUAUGGAAAUUUAUGGGAUUGCGGUAAUCAGAUACAGUAGGCGACAUCUCAGAAAGCAUCCAGAAUCUCAGAGAGGAUCAAGACUAUAAAUAAGCUGAAACAAAUAACGCACAAGUCACUGACCAGCUACCCCGCAAAUAAUGCAACGCAAGCCUUAGCCGGAAUAUCAGAAUUCGUGACUCUAAGAACACGCCAGACGGUUUAAAAUCUCCAAAAUGUUUAAACGAGGCUGCAGGCUGGAAUUCCUCUUGGUGCUGUGGGGUUUGGAGCUGUCCUGGUCAUGUCCACACCACUGCGUCUGCUACACGACGCCCAGCACCGUCAGCUGCCAGGCGCACAACUUCCUGUCGGUCCCCGAGGGCAUCCCGGCAGAGAGCGAGCGCAUCUUCCUGCAGAACAACCGCAUUGGCCAGCUGCUGCGCGGCCACUUCAGCCCGGCCGCCAUCAUGCUGUGGCUCUACUCCAAUGACAUCUCCUACAUCGAACCCACCACCUUCCAUGGCUUCUUCCGACUCGAAGAGCUGGAUCUGGGGGACAACCGGCACCUGCGAGCCCUGGCACCCGACACCUUCCAUGGAUUGGGUCGACUUAAUUCCCUGCACCUGUAUCGCUGUGGCCUAAGCGCCCUACCCAGUGGCAUCUUCCAGGGUCUGCACAACCUGCAAUUUCUCUACCUGCAGGACAACCACCUCGACUUCCUGGAGGAUGACCUGUUUGUGGACCUGCUGAACCUAAGCCACCUGUUCCUGCAUGGAAACCGGCUGUGGAGCCUUCACCAGAACACAUUCCGUGGGCUGGGCGCUUUGGAUCGCCUGCUGCUGCACCACAACCGGCUGCAGUGGGUGGACCGGCUGGCCUUCCACGACCUGCGACGCCUCACCACACUCUACCUGUUCAACAACUCGCUGACACAGCUGCCCGCCGAGUGCCUGGCCCAGCUGCCCGCCCUCGAGUACCUGAGACUCAACGACAACCCCUGGGAUUGUGGUUGCCGGGCACUGCCGCUCUGGGAUUGGCUGCGCCGCUUCCGGGGUUCCACCUCUGAGGUGGGCUGUCAUGAGCCACCAGGGUUGGCCGGCCGGGACCUCAAGAGACUGCGGCAGGAGGAACUGCCCAGCUGUGUGGCGUCCGAGUCUCGACACCAAAGCAGCGGGCACUUCCCGCACCUCCCUCCCCGGGACCAGCACCAUCUCAUCCCGCCUCCUUCACCGCUGCCCCGCCCACUACCCUCGGCCCGUCCCGGCCGUCCCAGGAACUGCACCCGGCAGCGAGGGCGGUGGGGCAAGGGCAAGGGCCUGAAUGAGGCCCACAUCUCCAGGGAGAUGGACAAGGAGUACUCCUACCCCAACAAGCACGACCUCGACAAUCCCGAUGGCUCUGGGUCGCGACGGAAGCACAAGUGCGCCCCGCGGACCACGGUUGGACCUCCAAGCGGGGUCCAGCGGGCCACCAGCGGGGGAGCGGCAGCCUCCCGCUGCUCCUUACUGCUCCUCCUGGUUAUGGUGGGCCUCCUGGAACCGCUGAGCGUGAAUGUAUUGCGCUGAGGCAGCAGGGGGCGCCGAUAAGGGAAACACAGUGAAGCGGUGGCUUUGAGACUCCCGCACUGAAGGCGUGUGUCAGGACGAGUGCCAGACUCAUGGAACUCAACAUGAGCAGAGGGGGAGGAUGCUGAAGGGAGCCAGAGACGAAGAACACAGGGGAAACAUUCUGGUACUCUCAUAGAGUCACUGCUGGUUUUACCCCAUGUCUAUCAUCCUCUGUCUCCCUUUCUUUGGGUCUUCAUUCCAUUUCCAUGUUUUAUUUAGAGCAACAGCCACCCAGGCUGUGCAACAAAAUAGGGAAACCGAUUGGCUGAAAUUACUCUUUGGUGUUUUUUUUUUGUUAGCUUAUCGAUUAUUUUGUCACAUAAAAGAGGGACGAUAGGCAAACGAAAUACAGACCGUGGCUGUGUGAGUCGAGUUUUACGUUAAGUGCAUUAUUUCUUGUUUCCAGUUAACAAGGCUUCGAAACUGGGAAAGUGCAGCCAGGAAUAAAAUAUAGUAGAUCCUUACCUAAUAAGGCAAUCCCAACAAUAUUAAACUCUGGUACCAUGCGAAUAAAAUACUCCAACUCACUAAUUCUAGCUGGUCUUAAUCUGGCCAUCAGACUUACUCUGAUUUCCAGCUCAGCCAUUGUUUGGUCAGGAACUUAUUCCCUGGAAUAAGGAUACGUGGUCUACAACCAUAGCUUAAAACAAAAUGUCUUUCUUUGUCUUAUUUAGUUUUUCUUCUGUGUUUCUGUUUCAAUCUUCGUUAUGUCACUACAAAUAAGAAGCCAGUUAUAAUCAAGCUGCUAUACUCUAUACUGAAGCCAGGGAGAGACACUCCAGCCGCUGUCUGCUUCAGGUGUAACUCUUUCUCCAGGAGAAUAAGGUGUUAAGUCGUCUCUUUUGUAUGUAUGUAUCUUGUCCUGUUGGUUUGAGUGUUUGUUCACAUCUCUGCUGAACAUGACUCACUAGAGUUGAACAAUAAUUGCCCAUCUAUAUGUUUUGGGAAGGGGGGGGGGUGGUUGAUGAGUCAAAUCAAGCAUUCCUACUGACCUCCAACCUUCUGUCGGAGCAUCCUGGACCCCUCCCCCUCAUGCAGAGUAGAUAUUCCAGUUUCCAGAGGUUGGAGAUGAAUGAAAAAAUGACACACGUCCAUCCUUCCUUGCUCCAAGUGGAUGGAAUACUAUAGUUUAUUCAUUAAAAUGUGUUCGUUUUAUGAAGGGAGAACUGACUGCCCCAGCAUGGAGAGAAAAUGACUGGGACUUCAGCGCUGGCUUGCCGGCUGCCCUGUCAGUGACCCAGGAGUAAGACUAUUAAUUAAUUUCAAGUGGACACUUCUCACCCAAUGGGUGAAGUCAAUACAGACCGAUGAGGCCACCAACACCACAGCCCUCCAUCGAUGGACUGUUAAGACUGAGCUGGUCCCGGACCCACGGACUUUGAGAACUUUGCUUCAGGAUCCUUACGUGGAAAAUGCUCACAACCAUUUGUCACCACCGCGGUAAUAAUGACGUCAUAGAUGAUAACAGGGUCUCCUCUUCCCCCACAAUAGGGGGGCAUGUGGUUGUUUUUUUCUUUAUUUUUCUUUGUAAGCGCAUCCUAGUGCCAUUUCGGAUCAGUGGUGCACCCCUUCCCC